GUGGUGGGAAAGGGAAAAGGGUAGGUGGGGAACCAUUAACGACAACCCAAUGCCCAAUUUCAAACCAAAGCUUUUGGGCACUCCUUGACAUCUUCUUCAUAACUUCUCAUGGGUCAAUACCAUGAACAACGUCAUGGAUGAAGUCAUUUACCCCAAUGCUGACGCGUGGCAGAUCUUUGAAUUUUUCCCCAGUAGACGGCGUAUCCAUAUCCAUAUGGGCAUCCAGAUGAGGUAAAACCUAGAUGGAAAGACCUCUCUGUGUCUCGCUCUCUCGUUCGCUUGCUGUCUGUCUCUGCUUCAGCCGUGUCUGUGUUAACGACGCUGCAAGAAAAAUGCGGUAUUGUUCUCAAUGGCAUCUUUUACUGGCAAUAUUUCUCUUGGCCUUAACGGUGCAAGCUAAAGAAAAUGAGGUGAAAACUGCUGUUUUCCUGUCACCGAAGUUUGUGCUGGGACCAGGAAAAGUGGAGAAUAAAUUCUACCAUGAUAUCGACUUUCCAAGAGGUCAUAUUGCAAUUAAAGAAUUUUAUGGUGAAGUGGUUGAUGAGUGGGGAAACCCUGUGCCACUUCACGAAACUUAUCUCCACCACUGGGUUGUAGAACGAUAUUAUGCCCCUAAGGGUGUCGAAGUCCCAGAGGGUAAUGGUAAUCAGGACCUUCACUUGUCAAAGUAUAUUAUAGUAAGAAACUCUGGAGUAUGCCAGGGAAAUGUUCUGGGGCAGUAUUUUGGGGUUGGAUCUGAAACACGCAAGACAAAGACUUACGUUCCAGAUCCUUAUGGGAUAGAAGUUGGGAAUCCAGUAGAAAUUCCUAAUGGCUAUGAGGAGAGAUGGUUGCUCAAUGUUCAUGCAAUUGAUACACGGGGUGCAGUGGAUCGGCUGGGAUGCACGGAAUGCAGGUGUGAUCUUUAUAAUAUCACAAGGGAUGAGUUUGACAGGCCUUUGCGUCCAGGGUAUAUGGGAGGGCUACUUUGUUGUUAUGAUCAAACGCAGUGCAGGGUACAAGAAGGCUUUCAGAGUAUCAAGAGAAGCCUCUACUUGAGAUACACUGUGAAAUGGGUAGAUUGGGAAGACACUAUUGUGCCUGGAAAAGUUUAUAUACUUGAUGUUACUGAUACCGGGAAGAUGCCACGUGAUUCAGAAAGACUCAGUGCUUUACAUGGUUGCAAGGUAGAGUAUGAUGUUGAGUCCUGUGGCACUAAUGGCUUGGCAAAUAACGAGUGUUUAGAUACCAAGAAAGCAAGCAUUGUCAUGCCCCAUGGCGGUUCUGUUAUCUAUGGUGUUGCCCACCAACAUUCGGGGGGAGCUGGUGCAACUCUAUAUGGAGAGGAUGGUCGAGUUAUAUGCUCUUCUUUGCCAAUUUAUGGAGAAGGGAAGGAACCAGGCAAUGAGGCUGGUUACAUUGUGGGAAUGUCUUCUUGCUAUCCUCAACCAGGCACAGUUAAGGUAUUUGAAGGGGAGACACUGAUUUUGGAAUCUAGGUACAACAGCACCCAAAAGCAUACAGGGGUGAUGGCCCUCUUCUACAUUUUGGUUGCAGACCCGCCACCAAAGCCCAUGCAUUCUUUACAAACUUCAGUUCAUGAACUGAAAAUGCUUAGCAAGUAUGCAUGGGCAUUAGUUUUCAUUGGAGUGGCUGUGGCUGUGGCUGUUAUUCUCAGUGUUGGUUAUCUCCAAAGGAAUGAAAGAGAAAGCGGUUACCAAUCCAUAUGAUGUAUGGUUAAUCGAGAAAUGUCAUAGUAGUUUUGGCCACCAGGAUUAGCACGAACAACUUUGUAUCUCACAGAUGAGACCAUUUUGCUAUACAGUAAUAGCUCUGAAAUAAAGCUGGUCUGCUGUUGUUACA